ACGGGAAAACCUACUUUUUUUCAUUUUGACGUCAUGUAAACAAAUAGAACGAAUAUUACAGAAAAUAUAACAAAUAAAGAUUGUUGAAACAUUGAGAUUAAAGAAAUUGACAGAAUUAAAGAAUCUUAAUUGACAAAGAAGAUAAACUUGCUAUAAAUGAUCCGCUGGAGAAAUGAAGACUUCGUUAAUAAAUCACAUCUUCCUUGCAAUGGUUUUUGUUAUAAGCUUGAAUCGUCAGUCGUGCAUUGCCAAAACCAUUCCCUAUUCACAAGGAAAUGUAGAGAUGCCAGCAACAGUUAAGGUGAAGGUUGUAGCUACAGAUAAAAGACAAAGAAGGUAUAUCGACCAGUUUCCUGACCAAUUAGAUGUUGACGUGUCAACAGAUGAAUUGCAUGAACAUUUUCAAAAUCUAAAAAGAAAUCAUCACGUUCCGCAUAUUAAGUAUGUUCACAUGAUGGAAAAUGGAACAGUUAAAAAGUUCAGAUUUGAAAGGAAAGAGACAAUGGCGUAUUAUAUUGACGUUGAGCAUGGUGCCGCUUUUGAAGUUUCUUUGGCAUCAGAGGGAUCUGAAGAUUUUGAUAUUUACGGAACAUUCGUAUCCAAACAACAUAAUUAUUUGGUACAACCACCGAGGGAUAACCGAAGUACUUACACAGUAGCUCUAAUGGAAGAAAAGCUGACAACAUCGUUUGAUAAUAUUAAAUUGCCAGACAAAGACGCUAAAAUUACUGAAGAGAAGAUGCAGAAUCGCUCAGAGCAGACAAUAAAUACCAGAGAAAAGCGACAGACGACCAACUACGAGAUCGAAAUUUUCUUUGUGAUUGACUUUUCACUUUACGAAUGGACAUAUGCUUUGACUGAAGGAGAAAAUGACAGACACACUGCAACAGUUAAUAAACUGUUACAAUUCACCUCUUUUAUAUUAAACGAGGUGGAUCUAAUAUUUCAAAGUAUGACAGACUACUCGUAUACAAUAUCCUGUCUUUUUGCUGGAAUUUACAUAGCUGACGAUCCAAGCGAUUCGCAGUUUGUAGAAAAAAAUGUCAACGAUGCCGGACAAGCAGAAGGUUACAAAAUACUAUAUGAUUUCUAUUAUUGGGGACAGACUUCAAUGCGUCAUUUUAAUUAUGACCAAGCUACAUUGCUGACAAAGCGCGAUUUUGGACAAACAGUUGGUGAUCAAUUUAUGAGUAGUCUUCAAGGUCUUGCGUAUUUGCCGUUUUAUUUAAACGGUGAACUGGUCUGGCCCGCUGUUUGUGGAAGUAAGGGAUAUUCUAUCAAUGAAGUUACAAGUUUCAGACCGUCGGUGGCACAAAUUGUCGCACAUGAGCUUGGACAUAAUUUCGGAACAAACCAUGAUAGUGAUACAAAUAGCUGUUCAAAAGGAUAUGUCAUGUCACGCUCUAUUACCAUAACCAAGGAUUCAUCCACGAACUAUAAACUCUGGCAGUUUUCGUCUUGUUCACAGAGAGAUUUUGACUCUUAUAUCACCAAUUUGAAUCAAGCGUCUAAAAACUGUAUGACUGCAAGAACAGCGACAGGCAAUGAUGACCUUGACCCUUAUGCAAAUGACCUUCCAGGUCAACUUUACAGUCCUGACACCCAAUGUGAUAUGACGGUAGGAAAAGGAUCGUUUUUAUUCAGG